GCCAGGUCCACUAGUGUCCGAUUUGCUUCCGAACCGUGAAACACGCGGUUCUUGUUUUCAUGGUUCAGUCGGACUGAACGGCUCCGGUAUGAGUUCGAAAGUGUUGGCAGGAUUCUUCCUUUUGUCCUACCUAUGCAUCGCCAAAACUGCAACUUUGACAGGCAAUACUGCUAACGCCGUCGUGGAGGAGCCCGAAUUCACCGAUGUAAUUGAGAACAUUACAGUAGCUGCCGGCAGAAACGUCAAAUUUGCCUGCUCAGUCAAGAAUCUUGGCAGCUUUAGGAUUGCCUGGAUGCAUUUCGAGCAAUCAGCCAUAUUGACAGUUCACAACCACGUCAUCACUAGGAAUCCAAGAAUUAGCGUGUCACACGACAAGCACCGAACGUGGUUCUUACAUAUCAGUAAUGUGCAAGAAGAAGAUAAAGGACGUUACAUGUGUCAAAUUAAUACUGCCACAGCGAAAACUCAAUUCGGAUACCUUCAUGUUGUCGUUCCACCCAACAUCGAUGAUUCGUUGAGCAGCAGUGACGUAAUUGUAAGGGAAGGUUCAAACGAAACUCUUACAUGUAAAGCUACUGGAUUUCCCGAACCCAGUGUGAAAUGGAAAAGAGACGAUAAUACCAAAAUUUCCAUCAAUAAAACAUUCCAAGUUGCCGAAUGGGAAGGUGAUAAACUAGAACUUAUUAAGAUAUCUCGUUUACAUAUGGGGGCAUACCUCUGCAUUGCUAGUAAUGGUGUACCUCCAACUGUAAGCAAAAGAAUCAAAGUCAGCGUAGAUUUUCCACCUAUGCUGUGGAUUCCUCAUCAACUGGUAGGGGCACCUUUAGCUUAUUCUGUUACACUAGAAUGUUUUACUGAAGCUCAUCCUAGCUCUCUAAAUUACUGGACACGAGAAGAUGGACAAAUGAUACACGAAUCAAGGAAAUACCACGCCGAGAAUAUUUUAGGAACGCCAAACUAUAAAACCCAUAUGAGGUUGACCAUCAACAACAUCCAGCUAAGCGAUUAUGGCAUUUACAAAUGCGUAGCUAAGAACCCAAGAGGUGAAACUGAUGGCACCAUUAGAUUGUACAUGUCAUACCCACCAUCCACCUCACCAAAGCCCACAACCACAGAAACGCCCAGUAGAGUGAAAGAUUGGGGACUCAACGAUUUAAACAACUCAAUUUAUGGUCAUCCUUCCUCUUUGACUAUACAUCAAGAUAAAGGUGCCAAAUACCAGUCCAACUUGAAUGAAAUUGACAAAUCUGAACAAAAAUCAACUUCAGAAAAUGACAGUCAAAGUAUAUUUACUGACCAAGAAAACGGUGCUAUAAAAAAACAUUACUGGUUGCCAACUUCGAUUGUCCAGAUCAUACUAUACGUAUAUUUUCGGUGAAUUGUUUAAAUAGAGUAAAAUAAUUUCUACAUUUAUGUUAGUUUAAAGAAUUAAGACAUGUUAACUGUAAGUUAAGAACAAUGGGACGCUUUAGUGUAAAAUUGUUUAUAUGUAUAAUCUAUUUUAAAAUAUAAAGACUGAGAUUUUAAUUGAAUGAACUAUUUACUAGAUCACCAGAUUAUAAAGAGUAAAGUUGAAUGAAUGAUUAUUUUAGCCAAUUGUAAACUAUUUAUCUAAAAUGCACAUUGUAAUUGUUAAUGGAAAAUAUUUAAGAAUCAAAAUUUACCGAUAAGUAAGUAGGCACUGUUUUAGCUAAGAUAUAUUUUUUUCUAGAAUAAAUUAAAAUAAUUCAAAAAAUUUAUUUUACGUUAUUUAUUUUACUCUGUUAAUAUAGUAUAUCUAAUGCAGAGUGAUUAUAUCCUCAUAAAUUAUUUCCAAAAUCUUCCAAAAUAUGAUGAAAAAUUUAACCAGCUGUUUGUUAUGGUAUUUUUCAACUUGAGUUUCUUGUGCCAAAAAAUCUGGUGCCAAACAAGCAAGUUCCCUUAUUUUAAUCACUCUGUAUUGAAGUUGUUAAAACUGACGAUUUUUGCAAAUUGUAGAACGUUCGGCUAAAUAAAGUAUGUAGCUUUUUUAUAUAGCGAGAUAAAUAUUCCAGGCCGUAUGAUAAAAAAUAUAUAGAUAUAAAAAAUGUAUGCAGCUUUCCUUAUAAAGCACUACAACAGGGUAAAUACCUUUAAUUUUCUUCCUCUAUUUUUAUCAUAUGGUAAUAUUUAUGUAAGUACAAUCUAAACUAAUAUUAAAUAAAUGUAAAUAUACGGUACUUAAAUUAAACUUAAGACUAAUAUGCAAGAAAUAACUUUCCAAUUGAAGUUGGAUCUUUGCCACAAACUCUGAUACGGAAUUCAGCCGAGAAUUGUGUGAAAAUAAUACUAAGUGAAGUCCGCAUAUAUACAGGGUGACCAGAAGUUUGCAGGUUAAACUUCAUACAUUCAGAUAAAAAUCUUUUUAUCAGAGACAGUUUUUAGUAAAUAUACAUAUUUUAAUCUACAAAAUAUGCUGUUAACAUAUUUCAAUUUUCAGAGAUUUAUUUUUUUUUCUAAUACCUCUAUGAAGAAAGUGGUAUGAAACCACUGAGGUUUUCGAUUAUUUUCCCAAACACUUACAAAUUUCGUAAGUGCAAUAAAUCUUUUGGUCAAAAUUCUAGAAAAUUAAUAAUAACAGAAAAGACUUUACGUUGCCAGUUCACUCAGUAAUAUUGAAAAACACAAAAUUUGGAAUCGCGGUAUAAUUAAACAAAACAAGUAUUAUUUAGUGGAAAAUGUACUGCUUUUUCUAUAUAAAACUAUUAAUCAAUAGUAGAAAAUCCUCUUGACAUCAAAAUUACAAAUAAAAUAUAGUACUUAUGUUUUUCUUUUCUCGGGCUAAGGAAGUUUUAACAGGGUAUUAGGCGUUUUAGUCAAGUCAAAUUAAAUUUUCCAAUAUAUUUCCAAUUUCAAUUCCAAUUACAUAUUACAAAAAUUAAAUUACAUAAACAUUGAAAAGUAGAACUUUUCUUUUUAUUUUCAAUUAAAUCUAAAAGAAUAAAGAACCUUGUAAUAUACAGGACGUCCUGCUUAAAUAAGUCAAUGUAGUCAGAACUGUUAAGAACUGACCUUAAUUGUCCUACUUGAAACUUGAUUUUCCUUUUUGGUCAUCUAUUUUUGACCGCAUUGUAUAUUCUUCCCAUAUAUUAGUUUCAUGAAUAUGAUAUUCAUCUAGUUAGAGAUCAACUAAAACACGUUUGUAGACGAAUGAGAAUUCACUUCGAAAAAGUAACGAAAUAGACUAUUUCUAAUUUAAAAGGACUCGUUUAAAAUCCACUUCUUUGAAGUGAAUUCUUGAUUACGAUACCUUUACAUUAAAUAUAUUAUAUAAUUAACUCUACGUUUAGUGUAAAUGUAUUCGGAUACCUAGAUAUAUAUUGGAACGGUUUUGGUAUUAAAAAUUAAGAACCCAA